AUGGCCGAGAGAUUGCUAAUAAGAGCACUGAGGGGUGGUAAAAGAACUAAAAUUGUUACCCUGAAUGGAAAGAAAAUCAUGAAGAUGCCCUCAACAUUAGAAAAACUGUCUGGUCUCAAGACUCUAAGCCUACAGAAUAACCUGAUCCCCAAAGUGUGUCCAGAGAUAAGUGCCUUGACCCAGUUGCGAGUUCUAAAUCUGGGAAGGAAUCUUUUAGAGGAAGUUCCAGAGGAAUUGAAAUACCUUCCAUUCCUGGAGAAACUCCAUUUAUUUGGAAAUAAGAUUCGUAGAUUUUUACCUGGAGCAUGUGAUGGUUUACAAAAUUUGGUCCUGCUUAAUCUGAACAACAACCUGCUCACGUGCCUCCCUCAAGAAAUCCGCAGAUUAAAUAAUCUUAGAUAUUUGAGCGUAAAUCACAACCGGCUAGCCAGCAUUCCUAGAGAACUCUGUUUCCUUGAGAAUCUUACUGAACUUCAACUUAACUACAAUCAGCUCAUUUGCAUACCCGAAGAGAUUCAUUUCUUGACAAAGCUGUGGAAGCUUCUGCUGGUCAGGAACAACAUCGAAGGCUUACCAGAGGGAAUUUGUGGUCUUGCAAACUUAAGAAUCCUAGACAUAGCUGGAAAUAUUGUUCAGAUUUUUCCACCCCAAUUUCAGAAAUUGAAGCUCAGAGAAUUCUACUGUGAAGGGAACCCACUGCUCCAGAAGCAACCAAUUUAUGCUGUAGAGAAAGAUGAGAUCUGGAGUCUGCAGGAAAUGGCAUCAAGACUUAUAAUGAAUCAGCUAGCAAAAAAGGAUUCUUUACUAAUGCAAGCCAUAGCAUACUACCCACAGAUCAGAAAUUUAAUUUCUCGAAGAAAAGAAUGUGCAAUAUGUGGAAAGUACUUUCUAACCAUGUGGCUGGAAUGUGUUCAGUUUGUUCCUCCAUCAAAGAGUUGGAAGAUCAGCAGAAAUAUGAAAGUGAUGCCCCUUCAGAUACUCAUUUGUUCUUACAAAUGUUUCCGUCAGCGUGGCUCUGACCUCUUUGGAAUUACUGAUGUGUAAAGCAGCUUUGACACUGUAAACCACAGAAGAUUUGGAGACUGGC